AGCAUCCAUCCACAGUACACACACUGUGCUGUCUGUGUUCCAGAGAGAAUAUAUCAGCUCUACACAGGGAGGAGAGGAUUAACUCAACAUCAGCUCAUCUGCAUAUUCCCAGGGAACACAUAAGCACCCAAGGCUUCUUCUCUUCUCUAUCCAACUCCAGCCAUCACAGGACCUGACACUCAUCGUUGGAGCACCGUUCAUCCCAACUCUCUCUGCUGUGAGAGGAUUUAAAGGAGGACACGUCUUUCUGCUUUUUGGAUUUUGCCAUUUUUGUGUUUCUUCGCUAAGUUUAGGCUUGUCAAAUUGGAGCAAUGCAAUUCACAUGACAUAGUUUAGACUAGUUCUAAGCAUCCCGUUUUUUCUUUUAUUCUUCUCCAGAGGACCUCUGACUUUUUUUGACUGCUCUAUAGGGCUUGCUGCUUGUUCAUCUGAUUUGGUCAACCUGAGUGUCAGAAUGCCAUCCAGGGAGUCUUACGAGGUCCGGAAGGGAGAGAAGUCUUUGGUGCACAAGGCAAAGCAGGAGGCCAACCAGCAGGACAUACUGGCUGCUGCUCUGGGGAUGAGGAUCUCAGGGCCCCAGAAACCUCCAGCCACUAUCUGGCAGCCUCUCAAACUGUUUGCCUAUUCACAGCUCACCUCGCUGGUCCGCAAAGCCGCACUGAAGGAUAACAGCCUGCCGCCCAAGUACGAGAAAGUCCACAACUUCAAGGUCCACACGUUCCGGGGACCUCACUGGUGUGAAUACUGUGCCAACUUCAUGUGGGGGCUGACGGCUCAGGGAGUCAAAUGUGCAGAUUGUGGCCUGAAUGUCCACAAGCAGUGCUCCACUAUGGUACCCUGCAACUGCGUGCCAGACCUGAAACACAUCAAGAAAGUCUACAGCUGUGAGCUAACAACCCUGGUGAAAGCUCACAACACCAAGCGGCCCAUGGUGGUGGACAUGUGCAUACAGGAGAUUGAAUCGAGAGGGCUGAAGUCUGAAGGGCUCUACAGAAUAUCUGGAUUCAGCGAUUCAGUCGAAGAUGUCAAGUCGACAUUUGACAGAGAUGGUGAGAAGACAGACAUCUCUGCCAAUGCCUAUGAAGAUAUCAACAUCAUCACGGGUGCACUUAAACUGUACCUCAGAGAUUUACCCAUUCCUGUCAUCUCCUACGACGCCUACCCCAGGUUCAUCGAGACUGCAAAGCUGGAAGACCCAGAGAAGCGGCUAAAGGCCUUCCGUGAGGCUCUGGAACUGCUGCCAGCAGCACACAGUGAAACCCUGAGGUACCUCAUGGCCCAUUUAAAGAGGGUAACGUUGAAUGAGAAGGACAACCUGAUGAAUGCGGAGAACCUGGGCAUUAUUUUUGGGCCCACUCUCCUGCGUGCCCCCAACCUGGACGCCAUGACGGCACUCAACGACAUCCGCUACCAACCGCAGGUGGUGGAGUUCCUCAUCAAAAAUGAAGACAUCCUCUUCUGAAAACAGACACAUCCACCCUGCUAAGAUAAGGAAGACAUCCUCUUCUGAAAACAGACACAUCCACCCUGCUAAGAUAAGGAAGACAUUCUCUUCUGAAAAACAGACACAUCCACCCUGCUAAGAUAAGGAAGACAUCCUCUUCUGAAAACAGACACAUCCACCCUGCUAAGAUAAGGAAGACAUUCUCUUCUGAAAAACAGACACAUCCACCCUGCUAAGAUAAGGAAGACAUCCUCUUCUGAAAACAGACACAUCCACCCUGCUAAGAUAAGGAAGACAUUCUCUUCUGAAAAACAGACACAUCCACCCUGCUAAGAUAAGGAAGACAUCCUCUUCUGAAAACAGACACACCCAUCCUGCUAAGAUAAGGAAGACAUCCUCUUCUGAAAACAGACACACCCAUCCUGCUAAGAUAAGGAAGACAUUCUCUUCUGAAAAACAGACACAUCCAUUCUGCUAAGAUAAGGAAGGAAAGAGACAGAUUUUUUGUAAAACAGCUUGAUGCUGGCUAAACACUUUUUUUGUGCAAAGACUUGAAGGAACUUUUCUAUUGCAUUUGUAUUACAUAUGAAUGUUUGUAAUUACAUUUGUGAUACAUCCGUUUCCACUCUCAGUUAAGCAGUCCUGAACCUUACUUUCUCUUCCCCUGUAAUGGGUGUGGAUGGUGAUGUACCUUAAACUUUGCAUGUCUGUCUCCCCAUUUUUGUCGGGGCUUGUGUAGAACACUGAUGGACCAGACUUGGCCGUGUCUUUAUUUUGUGUAGCUUUGUAGCGGUAAACUCGCAUGCGAUAAAUAUUGUGAAACGUUAACCAGGUUUCCAUCCAACUUUUUAAUGCGUGUAACGUACAUGUGGGAUAAAACAUUUAAUGACAGGCCUGAUGGAAACAGAUCUUUGUCGGUAAACUUGCCAAAUGUCAACAAAACAAAAUACGCUAGACAAGGUGGGACCUUUUCGUGUCGGUAAAAUUAAUGACGUGAGAAAUGUUGGUGGAAAGAAUUUUAUGUGCAAAUAUUGAUAUAAUAACCAUUAUAUCGAAGUAAACUUGGAGUGGUUGUGUGGUCCUCCCACUAAAGUUGUGUGGUCCUCCCACUAAAGUUGUGUGGUCCUCCCACUAUGACUCAUAGGGAAAGCAUGCAGGUAUCUUUAUGUGCAAUACAUCAUCACACACAGACUUUUAUCCACAAGUCAAUUUGAUGGAAAAACAUCUCUGGUGGGAAAAUGCUCAUAUUGUUUUUAUACGUAUUUUAGCAUAUUCACAUGAAAAUCUGUCACCAGUUGGAUGGAAACCUAGCUAUAGAUACUCUGCUAUUAUUUGUUUGUAAAUUUACAGUAUCUCCUGUCCGGUUGCCCAAUGGGCAAUUGUUUUUGUGAAGCAUUGUAUACCUGGAUGUGAAAUAGACUACUGUAUCUUCUCUGAACCUUUGUAAAUAUCUUUGACUGAUUCGGUCUUUUUUUGCCUUUUCAGCUGUUUUAGAAGUAUUUUUUAGGGGAAAUGCAAAGCCUCUUUCAAUCAGAAAACAAUCAGUGUACCUUUAAAUGUUCUGUUACAUUUGCCUGACAGUCAAAACUGUGUUGCAUUCAAACUGUUACCUUUGUGCAUUUAAUUGCAUUUGUUUGUUCUUCUUAAAAAUAUUUUUGUACUUAAUUUGCGCAUGUAAAUUAUAAUUUAUUAAACCUUGCUUGCUGAAAAUGAA